AUGGAUGAGGUCGGAGAUACACCUCUGAGAACCCCUACACGGCAUAACAGUGGAUCCCAAAGGGAUAGGCGACUGUCAUCCCGCACGGCGCGGAAAAGAAGCAAGGUCUCGCGGGCAUGCGACGGCUGCAAAUCUCGCAAGAAGGCUUGCACUGGAGACAUUCCAUGCAGGUUUUGUUUACGCAUCGGUACCACCUGCACCUACGAUGUUCCUUACCACAGAGGUGCUCCUGUUUCUCCGCGACCGUCAACCCAACAAGAAAAUGUGGGCACACCAGCAACGACUCAGCCUACAGCACGGUCGGAUACCCUUCAGACAGGCCCUGUUCCUACAAACUCGGCUCCAGAUGGCUUGAUUGAUAGUGGAGGACAAUAUAGAGGCCCAACCUCUGCGCACUCCUUCCUGGCUAGAGCUAUGAGAAAUUUCCACAACCACCCUCUGGAGGCUCAGCCUGCAUCAGUUUCAACAGAAGAUGUUCAUGAAUCCAUAUUUUCAUAUGGUGACCGUCAUGCCCCAAGGGUUGAUCCAUCACAGCUACAGUGGCCAAAUCAAACCACGGUGAACCGCCUAGUCAAACGAUAUUUCGACUUCGCAUCUCCCACGUAUCGGAUACUGCACCAAGGCACUGUGGAAGAAUGGGUCAAUACAAUUUUCAGCGACCAGUCCGUGUCAUUUACCUCUAGAAUAGGAGCCACCCCUACAAUACCACCGGCUGCCGAGGCGAUUAUUCUACUCAUUUGCGCAAUUGCGUCUUUAUCAUCGGCCUCGGAAGAACCAACGGAUCAAGUUAACAUAGGAAAUCUGCAACAAUACGAGGCAUAUUAUCAAAUGGCAGAGCAAAUCCUGGCAAAAGAUACAGGUAUGCCAUAUCUGGAAUUUAUACAGGCACGAUUCAUAUCUGUUCUUUAUCUUCUGGGUGCAUCGCGCAUGAAUCAAGCCUGGUUCAAUUUUGGUCCCACGGUACAAUUGAUCAUGGCAAUUGGACUGCACAGAAAGCGUAUGCGUUCUCCUUCCAGCAGCUUGAGUCUGAUCUCCCAUGAAUGUUCGAAGCGAGUGCUGUGGUGUUCAUUCACACUUGAUCAAUAUUUGAGUCUUAUCCUGGGACGGCCAAGAUUAUUACAUGACGAAGAUAUUGACCAAGAAUAUCCGACCUUGGUGAACGACGAGAAUUUGGAUGCUGCCCAAUUGAAUCCAAGUUCACUGAGGAACUGCCUCAUGGACGCGCCUGUAUGUCAUGCUAAGCUAUCGCGAAUCUUGGCUAGGGCUUCCCAAGACUUAUACUCUAUCAAAUCUUUCGACAAAGAUCAGGACAUCAAAAGUGUGGGGAGUCUGAUAAGUCAAAUCACACAGUGGCAAUCUGAGCUUCCACUUCUUUUCACAGAGAACGUUUGCCCAAGUAGCCUGAUCACUACCUUUCGAAGGCAGCUGACGGUCAUUCGUCUCGCCCAUUAUCAUGCCAUUAUGUUUGUGACACGUCCGCUUCUACUCUGGGACUGCUCAAAUGAACCACGGUCAACAAAUCUCAACGGCUACCUUCAAUCCUGCGUGAUUACCGCCCGUAAGACACUUGAGUUGAUAUUGGAUCUUGCCAAAGAGAAUCAAUUCUUCCAUUCAUUUUGGUACACGCAAUAUAUUGCGUUCAAUGCACUAUCGAUUCUUUACAUCUACAUCAUUCAUUCUUGCAAAGGCCGUAUUCCGCAUGAGUGGGUAUUUUCAGACACAUCAAACCAUUCUCAAGCAGGGCCUUUUGUAUUCGAUCAGAUAUCCUUAUAUGAAUUGGCUGAAAGAACUCAAGAUUACUUACGUCAAGUGACAGAAAAGAAUGCUCUCGCUUGGAGAUAUGCAAUUGUCUUGGAUGCCUUGCGGUCAGAGUCCAAAUCACUCCUCUAUCGUGAUCCUAGCGGGGAGGACUAUCAAAUGAUCACCCCACAACUGGAAGCCCUUCAGCGAUUCAUGGUGCCUGAACAGCCACCCGUAGACUGGGAGGGUCUCCAGGCGUCAAUGACAGAUCUAGCUACUAAUAUCGAACUCCCUGGCCGAACCUCACUAUUUUGGGGCAUUGAAAACCUCUUUCCUUCUUUGGGCACGAGCGAAGAUGUCUCGCUAGACUUCUGGCCUCAGCUAGACCGUCUCCCCAUAUCACUUCCCAAUCCUCCGAAUGUUUGA